CUCCCUCCUCCUCCUCCUCCCUCCCUCCCCCCUCCACCUCGCCUGGGGGGGGCCCUCCCGGUCCCCCCUCCCCCCCCAGGACUACCCCCCACUUCUCACCUGAAUGGCUUCAGCCACCUUGGUAAGAAAAAACGGAUGAGAAGUUUUUUUUGGAAAACCAUCCCAGAGGAGCAAGUUCGUGGCAAAACCAACAUCUGGACCCUGGCAGCCAGGCAGCAGCAUCACUACCAAAUCGAUACAAAGACCAUUGAGGAGUUAUUUGGGCAGCAAGAAGAUACCACCAAGUCUCCCCUUUCUAAGAGAGGCGGGACUUCAAAUGCAUCCUUCAGGGAGGCGAGAGAAGAGAUUACCAUCUUGGAUGCAAAACGGAACAUGAACAUUGGGAUAUUUCUUAAGCAGUUUAAGAAGUCUCCUCCGUCCAUUGUAGAAGAUAUUCAUCAAGGAAAGAGUGAGCAUUAUGGAUCAGAGACAUUGCGGGAGUUUCUGAAGCUUCUGCCAGAGUCAGAGGAGGAGGAAGCCCCAGAGUCUCCUCUUGGCUGGGUUUGUCGGCGGGAAUGCCUGCUGUUUCAAGGCCAUAUCAAGAAACUAAAAGCAUUUAGUGGCGACGUGGCCAAGCUGUCCCUGGCAGACUCCUUUCUGCACUGCUUAAUUCAGGUGCCAAACUAUUCACUUCGAAUUGAAGCCAUGGUGCUAAAGAAAGAAUUUUUACCUUCCUGUUCUGCUCUAUACACAGAUAUAACUAUUCUUAGAACUGCUAUACAAGAGCUGAUGUCGUGUGAGGAGCUACAUUCGAUCUUACACUUGGUGCUGCAGGCAGGAAACAUCAUGAAUGCAGGAGGGUACGCUGGCAAUGCGGUAGGAUUUAAACUGUCUUCUUUGCUCAAAUUGGCAGACACAAAAGCAAACAAACCCGGGAUGAAUCUCCUGCACUUUGUUGCACAGGAAGCCCAAAAGAAAGAUGCCGUUCUUCUAAACUUUUCUAAAAAAUUGCAUCAUGUUCAGGAGGCUGCUAGAUUGUCUCUGGAUAACACCGAGGCGGAGCUGCACUCGCUCUUUGUCAGGACGCGAUCUCUCAAGGACAACAUCCAGCCGGACGGGGAGCUUUGUCAGCAGAUGGAAGAGUUCCUCCAGUUCGCCCUGGAAAAGCUGACAGAGCUGCAGCGCUGGAAGCAGGAGCUCCAGGACGAGGCCCACACCCUCAUCGACUUUUUCUGUGAAGACAAGGAGACCAUGAAACUGGAUGAGUGCCUUCAGAUUUUCAGAGACUUCUGUGUCAAGUUCAACAAAGCAGUUAAGGACAACCAGGAACGCCAGGUGCAGGAGCUGAGGCAGCUGCAGCGUCGGAAGGAGCUGGAGCAGAAGCGGCGUAGCUGGGCAGCUGGGGAUCUUGGGUUUGGCCGGAGCAGCAGCGAGAAUGAUGUGGAGCUGCUGACCAAGAGGGGCGCCGAGGACCUGCCCCCUUUCCUGCACCCCAGGCCCAUCAGCCCCUCCUACCGACCCCCCAACACACGCCGCUCCCGCCUCUCCCUGGGCAUCUCUGCUGACAGGGAGCUGCUGACUUUCUUGGAAAACUCCACUGGCAGCCCCGAGGAGCUCAAGUUCAACAGCUUGCUCGGGAGCUGCUCCUGGCAGGCCCCGUCCCCAGCAGCCUGGAUGGAGCCUGGAGAACUGAGGGACCAGGACUCCAGCCAAGCACACAGACCUCUGGCCUCGGAGGGUGAGGAGGUAGCCCGCGACCCACCUUUGGCUUGGCAGAAUCAGAUCCUGCCCUCCCGGCCUGAGGCAGCUGCCUUCGCCUUACCACGAGUUCGACACAGCGUCCUCCGAAAGAGGAACAGUGAGCCGGUGGGCCUGGGUCCGAAGCGGUCCCCUCCACUCUCGCCAUUGGCUCUAGGGAUUAAGGAGCAUGAGCUGGUGACGGGGCUGGCCCAGUUCGACCUCCAGGCUCCCAAGGGCCCGGAGGAGACGCCUCGGCUGACGGUGAAUGACUUGAGCCCAAUGGAGCUGGCACCUCUAAGGUUUGGAAGCCCGCAGUCUCUGGGUGACGGCAAUGGCAGCCUGAUGCCCGUGGACAGAAGUGCACAGAAGGGUCCCAGUCCAGCCCUGGAGGUUGGCGGGGCUGCCUCUGUUGAGCCCAGCAGUGCAGCUCCGGUGUCUGUGGGCAGCAGCGAUCCUGAGAACAAAGAUCCUGCGCCUCUGCUCUACAUCUCGGACACCACCGACUGCUCACUGACCCUGGACUGCUCCGAGGGCACUGACUCCAGGCCGGAAGUGGGGGACCCGGGGGAGGGGGCCGACGGGGAGGGUUCUGUGUCCUCUGGGGCCGGGGAGGCGGGCGGCAGCCAGGUCUCCUCUAACCCCGCUUGCAGCCCGCCCGGGGUGGCCCCGGCUCCCUGCUCCCUCUCUGGGAAGAGCGAGCCCAGCUGCAAGGGGGGCCUUGCCAGAGACAGGCCCGCCAGAGGGAAGGAUGUGAUGGCACCGAAGAGGAGCUCGCUCAAAGGGGCGUCGGCGUCCCCGUCCUCAGGAGCCUCCAAGGCUGGGGCUGCCCCGCGGGGUGCCGGGGCGAUCAAGCCGGUGCGGGUGCUGACGGCCUCGGAGAACGAGAGCAUGCGCAAGGUCGUGCCCAUCUCGCGGGCCAGCCGUGCCCCCAGCUCUGGGAAGCAAGCCCUUCACGAGACCCCCGGCGGCCUGGACGCACCUGCGCCCUUGUCGCGGCGCAGCGCCUCCAGGGGCACCUCAGACGCUUCGCCUGGGAGGCCCUCUACGGGGGCCCGGCCUGGGAGGGAGCCCUCCUUGCUGCACAGGAGCUCCUUCAGGAAGCCCACGCAGUACCUGCAGUUAACUGAGGGCCUGGGGAGCGGGCCUUGCGCCAGACCUGCGGGGAUGCGGGCAUGCACCUGGCACGCAGGCCGCGGAUGGAAUGUUCAGCACCCGUACUUGCUCACGUUAUUCCAUGUUGCGGGCCAAGCUUUGCGUAAUCUCCGUGGGGCCGACUGUGGCACUGACAUUUCUAUAGAAGAGAACCUCACCUGUAGCAGCGUUCCGCAAGGAAAACACCAGGGUGCCAAGAACAUGCCUCCCCUACUUCGUGGCAUCGAGUAG